CAUAUGAAUAAGUUCUCAACACAGCUACAAUAUUGCACAUUGUUUGAGUCAAAGAUUAGACUCAAACCACUUUUUUUUUGUAAGACUCAAACCACAUUGAAUGCAUCGAAUACAUUCGAACAAAAAAACCUCAGAUGUCACGCCCAAAAUAUUUUAAUGAGCAGCAACAUUGUCCGAACAUGGCAUAGCAAAACAUGAUACAGCAUACAAGAUCACAAAUCUCUCCAGUCUCAUCACCCCUUCGAUGCCGAGUCCCGUGAUUCCGCACCCAAAAUCAGCCCCCGACAUCAGCGGGCUGCCUUCGAGCAAGUCCAUGGUGACGUCUCGCUCGGCCGGCUCGCCCUUAACCUCGUGGCCGAAGAAACUCGGCGGUCUCAUCAAAGGCAAGGCCAAGAACUCGGACCUCACGGAAGAGAGACUAGUCGAGUUCAAUAGAAGAAAUGCACUUAUAGAAGCAAGGUACCGCAGCAGCAGCCCUUACUACAAGGGAUUAACAGACUUCUCUCUUGACAUCAACAGAGAGAAGCAAUCGGGUUUGAGCCCCGGACGAGAGAGUCGUGCCACGAGCUAUGUCACAGCCGGUUCCAAGUCCAGCCUCGCUGUAAAGGUGCAGGAAUGGGGAGGGGCUUGCUUCACCCCCAAAAAAGAUGGCAAGAGCUCUUUAUCCUCGUUUUCUUCGUGGACGAAAAGCUCCCAUGACAACCGGUUAACAACUUCAUCGUCGUCGUCUUCAUCGAGGGUCACGGAAACUGUAGUCUUGACAAAAAUCAGGACCAAGACAACAGAGAAUGAGCCAGUCUCUGUGAAGAAAAGAGUGACUAUUCAAGCCACAAAGUUAGAGGAUACCAUCAUUUCACCAAGUGCCAAGAAGCCAUUGAGGGAGAGAGAUUCUGGUCCGCCACCGAUGCUGCCAUUAUCGCCACCAAUAGCAUCACCACCAGCAUCAUUGCCAUACCCACUGCCGGAGAUAACCCCACCAACCAUAAAACCAUGGUUGUCGCCACCGCCCACACCACCUCCACAAGCAAUAUCACAUCCCUCUUGUAGCAAGGAGGGCCUUGAAGCAGAAAAUGAAAGAAAGUAUACCUGGUCGGACAAAUAUAGACCUUUCUGGUUGCAAGAUUUUCUUUGCAAUAGGGAAAAGGCGCUUUGGCUAAAAACGAUUGUGCAGAGUUGGAAAGUUACGGAGGAAGAAUGUGGUCAGUUCAUAUUCGAAGGAAACCCGGGUGUGGGAAAGAGAACCAUGAUUUGUGCUCUGCUUAGGGAAGCAUUUGGACCAGACAAAGUGCAGGUACACAUCUAUCAGAAACAGAGAAAUUACUAGACACAAAUACAUAUAGUUUUCAUAAAGAAAUCAUAAUCUUACAUGCCAGUUUACGACUCUAUUACUGAGAUAACCAAUGAAAGAAGGUUAUCACAAUGGAUAAUUUAACUAGGCCUCAAAACUCAUGUUAAUGUUUUAAGUCCAAUACAUAUUGCUGUUUCUGAUCUCCUGUUUUCUCAUCCACAGGCGAAAAAAGAAACCAAGAAAUUUUACUUGAAGGUAAAUUCACAUUCUAUGUUCAAAUUAUUAGUACAAUGACUAACAUCACAUUAUUUACCACAGGGAGAAGCGGUGAGCAGUAUAACUGUAAAUCUAAUGGUAUCACCACAGCAUGUCGAAGUCAACCUUUCUGAUCUCAAAGGUUAUGAGAAGCAUGUCAUUGUUGAACUCAUCAAGGAGAACAGUCAGAUGUUGCUGAAUACAAAAUUGAACUGCAAUCAUGAAAAUUGUAAAGGUAUAUUAUAUAUAUACUUUGAGGAGAUAAUAGACAUAGACAUAUGAUGUGAUACUGAAACCCAUGCAGCUAUUAUUUUAUAUGAGGCGGACAAGCUAUCUGGUGAUGCCCUAUCAUAUAUCAAGUGGAUGCUAGAGAAGUUCAAAGGGUGUAACAAGGUAUUCUUCUGCUGCAAAGAUGCAAAAGAGCUCCACAGUAUAAUGCCACUUUGCAGACUUGUGCAACUCAAUAAACCUUCUACACAAGAGGUAGCAGCUGAAUGCCACUAAAUUCAGAAAACUCAUGUGGAAUCUCAAUUUCUCUUUAAUCCUCCACUGAUUCCACAGAUUGCUGGAGUCUUGAAUUUCAUAGCAGAAAAUGAAGGAAUACAGUUGCAUCAUCAGUUGGCGUAUAAAAUUGCAAGCAACUCGCAGAAUAACUUAAGACAAGCCAUACGUUCAUUUGAAGCUACUUGGCACACCAACUCCAAGUAUGUAUGUUUGUCAAUGUGAACACAACAACUGUAUCCAUAUCUAAUGUUGCAUGUGCAGUGCUUCUUUGACGGAAGACCAAGAUAUCAAAACUGGGUGGGAAGAUAAAAUAGCCAAUAUUGCUAAAAAAGUUGUAGAAGAGCAGAGCCCAAAACAGUAAGUAGCAUGAUUCAGUCUAACAAUGAACAAUACGGAGUAUAAUUUAUCUGAUUCAUCAUAGGCUUUAUACUAUAAGGGGAGAGCUUCAAAAUCUUAUAGAGCAUAAUGUGGCUCCAGAGUUCAUUUUCCAAGUAAGGACACUCUGAUUUUGUGAUGAUCAUCAAAUAUCAUCAUCCAUUAACUAAUUAUGUUCCUAUGCAGACUCUGAAGGAAGAACUGAUGAAGAUUCUGCCCGAGCAGUUACAACCACCAUUUCACCACCUAUAUGAUGAAUAUCAAUACCAAAAAAUUCAUGCUGGGAAGAAGUUUUUUCCCCUUGCCCAUCAAGAAGAUGAGCUUGGUGAAACACAAAAUGAUCAAAGAAAGAAUGUCCGAAAGUUCCUCAGAAUUGAAGGUAAGGCAAGCAUCCAUUAUAUAAGUGACAUGACAUGGAAAAGAAGAAGAUACUUUGGCAAAGCCAUAACAAAGAUGUACUCCAUAUUGAUUAAUUUGCAAUAAUUAUUACUCCUUAUGAUUUCUACUUUGCAUCUACAUUGGUCAGUAACAAGCCUUAUUGUUUCAAGUAUAUCCUUUUUCCGUCUUCUCAUAUCAACUCUCCUUGUUCCCCUACAGAAUUCAUAGCAAGAUUCAUGAGUUGGUACAAGGGCUUCGUUGUGAAGGAUUGUGCCGAUCAACAAGUCCAGGGAGGCUAGGGUUGAAUAUUGUCAUCUCCAGAGCACUUUGAAUCUUCAACUUCACAAAUUUACAAAAUAAAUACAAGUAUGCAUAAUUGCAUAUUGUGUUGAACUUGAAUAAGAAAUCAAGAUUAUCUCCCCUCUCAUAUACCAAAAUAUUUGUACACCAACUUCGAGUAACAAAAAGUUCUGUAUGAUUAUAUGCUCUGUGAAACUCAAUGUUCUAUCUAUCUUCAGUUGUGUUUGAUAUAUAUCAUUAUGGAACACAAUUUAGCACUACAUUUUGACUUAGGAGCUAAAGGAGUUAAUGUCUCCAACAUUUAGUCAAACCUAGCUUUAGUAAUCAGAAAAACUAGCUUCAGUAAUCAUAUCAUAACCACAUUACGCCGGAAUAGUAUUGAAUGAAGAUUAAACUAUAGACUGCCAAUUAAAUGAAUGGUGAUUUUACUUAAUAAUUACUGAAUUAUAAGUAAAGGUUUCUCAUUUUUAUAAAUACAAUAAAAUGAUAACCGUGAAUCGUACUUGUUUACGAAAGAAGACUCCUGGCUAGCAGUUGGAGUAGUUUUUUCAGCUUGCUGUGGAUCUCAACAUCUUCACUCACUCUUCAUUUUAGUCACAUCUCCUUGUCCUUCCACUUGGAGAUCGCAUCAUAGUUGCCGAUGAUCAGAUCGAUUUGUUAAGAGCGUGGCUGCUCCGU